AUGACUGCCUGUCCUGGGUGGAGGUCACUUGGUCUGGGUGGGGCUGAAACCCCUUCCAGCUUUGAGGUUCUGUUUCAACAGCAGCAUUCAGGGAAGUCCCACUAUGAGCCUGGGACAGAGAACUAUCCGAAUCGAGAGCGUGCCUACUGUGUGCCAGAUGCUGGGCUUCCUGUGUGUAACCUCACCCCAUGGCAUGACAGGCCAAUAAGAAUCACCUCCCCGUGUGAGAGACGGGAAACAGGACCAGAGCAGGGGGACCUCUCCUCAUCCCCCAAGCCCCAGGUUUCCCCUGAAGCACAGGGAGGUGGAUGUGGCCCUAUGGCUAGACCCUUUCCUGCAACAUUUGCAUCCCAACAAGGCAUCAGGGAAGUGCCUUAG